CCAUCAAAAAAAAGAAAAAACUGUACGCACGAUCUCUCGCCCCCCUCCGCACGACCUCUCGCCCCCUCUUGCUCCUCCCCGCGCCGUCUGCCGCCCGUCGCUCCUUCGCUGCGGGAGCCGCCCACUGUCGCGCCUUUCGCCGCGGGACAGCCGGAGCCGCCGCCGCGGGCGCCGCCGUCCUUCGCUGCGGGAGUCGCCGCAGGUCGCGGCCGACCGUCGCGCCCUUCGCCCCUGGGAUAGCCGGAGGCCGCCGCCCGUCACGCGCCGGGGGAGCCGCCGCAGCCCUUCGCCGCGGGACAGCUGGAGCCGCCGCGACCGUAAUUAGCCGCCCGCCCACCCUCUCCCGCUCAUCCUCGCCCUCCUCCCGCCGCCGCCGCCCUCCUCCCGCCCAUCCUAUUCUCCUCCGCCGCGAGCGUGAGCAGCCGCCCGCCGGUCCUCCUCUGCUGCCCCAACAAGGUGGGAGAGCGUGAGCAUCCCGCCAGCCUUCCUCUGCUGCCACUCGGAAAAACGUGAGCGCGGCCGGGUGGCGGUGUCCGCCUCUGCUGCCGACAACGACCUUAUCCAGCCAGUGAAUUAUCAUGAUCCAACGCCAAUACCACACUCAGCACUAAAAGGGUCAGAGUCUGGUUUAUGAGUAUUUAAGCUCAAUCUGAUUUAUGAGUAUUUAAGCUCUUCGUAUGGUUCACAAAUUGUUUGCUGUCACUCCAAUUACCUUUUCAAAGCUCUCAGAAUUCUGAACAUUCCUCAGGUGGCACAAAAAUUACCACCCAGAAGCUUCUGAGCUUUCUGAUCUAAGAUAUUUAUGCAAUCUCACUCACAAUAUUUUAUAUUUUCUGUUUUUGCCUCCUCCCUAACAACACCUACUUUAUUUAUACAGGUUCAGACCAUUCCCACUCAUCACCAUUCCCUGCAUCUAAGGUCCUUUUUGUCACAGUUUCAGAUUUACUAAAACACUUGACAGUUCGAUUUACUCAAACAUUUAUGAAUUGAGCUUCUCAAUAUUACAUGACAACUCCGCAUGCCUACUCUUAAGAUCCUUGUGUAGCAUCGUUUUGUCAUUGGACUGAAUUAGGAUUUAAGAAUUAAGCUUCUCAAUAUUACAUCACAGCUCUGCAUACCUACUCUUAAGAACCCUAUGUACCAUUGUUUUGUCAUUCUACUGAUUUAGGAUGUUCCCCAACACAUGUCACUGAUGAGGAAUCAUCGUCCGUCUGCGUUAGAAUCAGCCGAGCGUUCCCCAUUUAAAGAUCUGACAAAUACACCUACUAAUGAGACUGCGAAUCAAGCGAGUGAAAAACCAAAAAGUGGAACAAAUUGGUAUGCACGGAUGUCCGAUGAGAAGAGAGCAGAGUACAACCAGAAGCGGCAUAUGGCCCAAGCCGACAAAAAGGCUGCAUCUGCCAUUGGUAUUGACCAUGAGGAAGUCUCUGAACCACAUGCUCCUUCGUUGCUGGAUGUGCUACGAACCCCUUUGAGCAACAUAUCCAACUCAAACGUACAAGCCGGUGAAAAAGCAAAAAGCGGUAAAAAUUGGUAUGCACGAUUGUCCGAUGAGAAGAGAGCGGAGUACAACCAGAAGCGACGUAUGGCCCGAGCAGACAACAAGGCUGCAUCUGUCCUUACUAUUGGACAUGAGGAAUUCUCUCGAACACAUGCUUCUUCAUCGCUGGAUGUGCUACGAACCCCUUUGAGCAACAUAACCGCUGCAACCUCGGCUGAUACCGACCAUCAAUUUGGAGAUGCAGCUCUUGGACGCAGAAAACGAAGCUCUGACGAGGAGAUAGCAGAGCACUGCAAGAAGCUCCGGAUCGCUCGACUAGAAAAGCGAGCUGCAACCACUAGCGUCCAAGUAACACCUGGUACUGCUCAUAGUGGAUCAUCUAUGCAGACAGAUGGUCAGAUUGAUUGGCUGCACACGAAUCCCACUUAUGAACGACAACAGAUGAAUGUUCAUGAGGUAGUGGACAUGUCUGUAUCUGAAGGGAGACAUAGGCAAGAAAGUUUUCUGCCCGGAAGUAACUCACUUCGCUCUGUUCAAGUGACUGAGGUAUCUUCUGCCAAGAAACGGCAUCGCAUGAGAGAACAAUAUCAUGGAAUGACGCCAGAAGAAAAAGAAGUUGUGUUGCAGAGGAAACACGCGUAUAAGAUGGGAAAACGCCAUCCAUGGUCUGAACAGUCCAACCUUGCUGAGCCAGCAUGUGGAUCUGCAGCCCCCUAGCCAAGUGGUGUGCAUCCAGGUGGCCAGAACAAUGGUGAAGACUCCGAUGAUGCUUGAAUAUUAGAGCCUAUGGAUCCAUCUGCCGAAGUGGACGAAUGCUUGCACGACACACAACACGGGCAACCAAUGUAUGGUGAUGAUGAUGAUGGUGAUGAUGAAUGCAGGAUAUUUACCAUGAAUGCAUAUCCCCUUAUAUCAUGCAGACUAUGACACAUUUUUUACCCCAAUAUUAUUGUAGGUCAUGAGUUUGAAUCAUUGUUCCACGAUUUUUUGUGCAAUAUUGCAUAAAAUAAUUUUAUUUUUAAUGAGUUUUGAUGCAGGUUAUCUGUGCAAAGGCUAGUGGUUAAUAAUACAAAGGCAAAAUGCUAUUGCAUGGCACAUGCCCGCAUCGUACUCAGCACAUACGUAUGCAUGAAAUAUAGGUGCAACCAAAUUGUGUACAUGCACACGUCCUGGACGGUGCCAUGCACACGUCCUGGACGGUGCCAUGCACAUAUACAUACGUACUCCCUCCGUUCCUAAAUAUAAGUCUUUUUAGAGAUUCCAACAAGUGACUACCUACGGAGCAAAAUGAGUGAAUCUAUACUCUAAAAUAUGUCUACAUACAUCCGUAUGUUGUAGUCUAUUUAAAAUGUCUAAAAAGACUUAUAUUUAGGAACGGAGGGAGUAUUUGUGUAUUUGCGGCCGGCGGGCAUGCAUGUAUACUUCCCUGAAUACCUGAAAUACCUAGCUAACCUUGCAUGCACGUAUUUUUUUCCUAUUUAAUUUGAUUUAAACAGGUAACAUGCACGUGUGUGGGCAAGGUAAGCUAGGAAUGAGAAUUUGGAAAUAAGUACAGCCGACCCACGGGAAUCACAUAAAAAGGAAUAGGCGUCAAAUAACAAGGUACGUGUCUAUUUAUUUCCUUUUCUGCAUGCAGACUUGGGCGUCAAGAAGAAUCAAAAGAAGAUCCGUGACCGGACGUGCUCCGCAUACCAUCCAUCCAACUCCGUCGGCUGACUAUAUAAAGCCAGCCAGCCUACGCAACAAGGAGACACGUCCCAGGCGAGAACUCACGCACGCACAAACAAAUAUCGCACGUAGAAGAAACGCGUCCGUGGUUGCGGCGGCGUCGACGAGGAGACGCACCCAACAUCGAGGACAAGACACGCUCAUGGCGGCGGCGCGUGCGCCCAGCGUCGAGGAAGCACAAUAGUGAUGCGGCAGCUGCAACACGCUGACGACGAAGGGCAGCGGACGCAUGGUGGCCGUGACCGCUGCACUCUUUCUUUCUAUUCUUGUCUCUUACAGGUUACUCCUGGUAAGAUUGUAUCCAGCCCAACGUUGAGAAGGCAGCUACCACGAACUAGAGGAGGAGGAGGUACGCAGCAGAGCGGACGAGAGAGAGGAGGCAGCCGGCGGAGAUGAGGUGCACACAAGGAGGAGAAACUCGCCCGUGGCAGCAGCAUCAAGGACGAGACGCGCCCGUGGUGGCAGCGUCGUGAAUAUCAGAUGAACGGCGGACGUGCGUACGCGCCGGCUGUGGAAAUACGUGCGGUGAAAGAGAUGCAUCUAACCAUACAAUAAUCUUCUUCUAUGUGCUAUCAUCUUAUUUUUGUAGGAAACCCAAGGACAUCCUGAGCACAACAAACCCACGCAGCCGACGCACGCAGAGGGGAGAUAUGCAUCCGGCGUCAUCACAUCUAGCAGCAGAGCAAGGAGCACUCCAAAGAGGCCGUCACCUUCUUCAUCAAGCCGAUGGACGGAGGCGUGGAGGUCGCGAGGAUGCCGCCGCCCUACCGUGGUGGAUGGCGGUGCGGAGCUAGCCAAGACGACGCCAAUCACCAACAUCCUCAACCCGGUGCCGCGGAGGAUCGUGAUGGAGAGCUCACAAGGAGGACGCCCGCGAUCUACUUCGGCAUCCUGGAGCUAGAGGACGGAGGCGUGGCACUCGUUGGGGACACUGCCGACGUCUACUUCGUCAAGCUGGAGCCCGGAGGCACGGAGGCUCACAAGGAUGCCGCCAGCAUGCCGCAGUGGAUGGGUGGAGCUUGCUAGGAGGAUGCCCAUCGUCUUCUUCACCAAGCCGGCGCGUCGCCGUGCCGCGGUGGAUGGACGGAGCUCGCUAGGAUGACGCCCGCCUUCUUCAUCAAGCUGGCGCCAUGGAGGACGAAGGCGGUGGAGCUCGCGAGGAUGCCGCCGCCGUGCCACGGUGGAUGGUGGCCCGGAGCUCACCAAGAUGACGUCCAUCGCUAACAUUAUCAAGCUGGAGCCCGGAGGCAUGGAGCUCGCGGGGAUGCCGCCGCGUGUCACGAAGGAUGACGACACGGAGCUCGCAAGGACGAUGCCCGUCAACUUCUUCAUCAAGCUGGUGCCAUGGAGAAUGGAGGCGUGGAGCUCGCGAGGAUGCCGCCGUCGUGCCAUGGUGGAUAGCGACACGGAACUCACCAGCACGACGUCCAUCAUCAACAUCAUCAAGCUGGUGUCGCGGAGGAUGGACGCGUGGAGCUCGCGGGAUGACGCCACCGAUGUCUACGUCAUCAAGAUGGAGCCCGCGACUCGGAGCCACAAAGACGACGCACACCCCCGUGCUGCCCGCAACAUGAAGCUCACAACACAGAGAAGAAGAUGGCGCUACACGGUGCUGUCCGUGACCCGGAGGAGAAGACUGCCGCAUGAUGCUAUUCGCAACCCGGAGCCCAAGAUGAUGAGGCGCGACGGUGGGAAGGCGAUGCAACUUCACCAAGAUCUUACCCCGGCCCAGUGAGGCGCUGCCCUUGUCUUGGCAGACCAUCGUAAACUCGGCAUCUAGUCGAGACGAGGCACCACCACAUGGCGUUGUCCAUGUUUCGGAGGCAGUGAACGUGACGCGCGAUGGCGGGAACGCGAUGCAACUUCACCAGCAUCUUAUUGUGGCCCCGUGAGGUGGCACCCUUGUCUUGGCGGACUGCCGUAAACUCAGAGUCCAGCCGAGACGAGGUGCCAACCACACCGGCAUUGCCGAUAUGAGCGAGCGUUGGUUUUACACCGACGCCGGUCUCCAUAAGAAUACUCCCGCAAGGCGAACCCCUUGCGUACCCCGACGAAACCGCUACAUCGUCAAGAAGUCCGAGCAGAGCAGGACCCAUGCAACUUCAACACCGACUACAUCAACGCUGUUAAGACCGACGAGGCGCGACGGCGAGGGCGAACGUGGCCAGCACAAAGCCAUGUUUUGAGCGGCACGUGUACCGACGAGGACACGGGCUUUGCCGCCACCCACACCACACACACACCAUCAUCAUGCAUGGAGAACGCGAAGCGAAGACGACCACACGGCUUAAUCGGAGGUAUCUCGCGGAAUAACCCGCGGGAGUAAUUAACCGGGAGCUUUCCGAGGCCCCGGGAACCAGGAGACCGCACAUCGCCAUAGUCAGGCUGGCCGCGCUAGUAGGCCACGAAGCGCAUUCAUUUUUUAUGGGAUCUUGUAAUUUUGUUUAUCCGAUGAGAUUAAUGAAAUACUUGUUUCCCGUACCCCUUUUCUUUGUGUACUACGGUACACUGGCACGCCCGCAUAUUCUUUCCCCCGGCGCAUGAGAGAAAUCCACACUCCUUCUCUUCCCUUCUCACGGAGAGCUUAUAAGAUUUUUCUCGUGUCAAACAAUCAUACAGAUUGACACCUAAUGUUUCACAUGCUUUUGAGUCUGAUGAUCCUUAUGACCAUGUCUACAAGAAUCUAUCGACUAAGCAUCAUGUUUUGAAGCCAGUAAAAGACUGUGUCCAUUGUGGAGCAAUUAGGUUCCAGUAUGAAAGCCCAGCCUUUUGUUGCAGAAAAGGUAAAGUCAAGGUAUGUACCCCAGAGGUUCCUCAAGAGCUACAACAAUUGUUUUCAAAUCAGGUAGAUGAGGAUGCAAAAUACUUUAGACAACACAUUCGAUAUUUCAACUCCCACUUCUCCUUCACAAGUCUUGGUGUUACCCUUGACCAGCGGGUCAACACCGCGACAAGAACCGGUAUAUACACAUUUCGUGCUCAUGGUCAGUUGUACCACCGUCUAGACCACCUUGUACCGGGUGAUCACGGGCCCAGGCAUUUGCAGCUGUACAUUUAUGAUAUAGAUGAAGCCUUGGAACAUAGGGUCAAGCGCUCUCCAGAUCUUGAUAUCAAUCUCAUACGGAAGAUUCUUCGUAUAUUGGAGAACAACCCGUAUGUCGAGACAUUUAAGAGCCUUGGUUCAGUUCCAGACCUAGCGGAAUAUAAGAUUACAUUGAACACAAAUAUAAAAUUGGACCAGCGGAGGUACAAUGCCCCUACAACUUCUCAGGUGGCUGCAAUGUGGGUUGAAGGUAGUGACCUGCAACACACUUUUGAUAGAAGUGUUGUAGUGCAUGCAAAAGGGGACCGUCCUUUGUACAUCAGAGCCUACUAUGGAUGCUAUGAUCCUUUAGCGUACCCAUUAUUUUACCCGGCUGGGGAGACAGGAAGGAACCGUUGGCUGCCAUAUGAGGGACCAACUCCCACUCAGGCAGACAAUGAUGAUGAAGACGACAACCAGGACGAUGAACGAGAAGCAGGUAAAGGUGUCAUAACAAUUGGUCCCAUCCAUGAAUUCCUCCGAUCUUUAGUAGUGGCAUUAUUCAUAACUCGUCGUCGCAACCAUCUUGUAGAUGACAAUGAAGAACAAGAUGAGGAUGAAGCCACUGAGUCUAGAAAAUAUGUCAGUGCGAGGGAGUAUUACUGUUUCAAGUUGCAGAUCAGGAAAGGAAUUUUUAACAUCCUAUUGUUUGGGGGGCGUCUUCUCCAACAGUGGCUUGUUGACAUGUACAUCAAAAUGGAGACUAUGAGGCUUGAUUUCUACUCAAAGCCUCAGAACCAAAAACUCAUACGUGUUGAGCUAUACCAGGUAACUUAAAUCUCCCUAGUCUCAUCAACAUACUAUGACAACUUGUCAGACACUGGUAUGUUACUAGAUAACUAGAAUUAAGCAUUAACCAAAUAUGAGCCUAAUGUGUAGUCUUGUUGAUUAUCAUCAUGCUUGUAUUCUAAAAGCAAGAACCAAUUAUGAGCCUAAUUCAUUUGUUUCAUAGGGUGUUGUUGACACCAUUGCUUCUGGAGAGACGCGUGCUGCUCAGAUUGGAAAAAGAAUCGUGCUCCCUCGGACUUUUCCGGGAGGUGAUCGAGACAUGCAGCAAAGAUUCCUUGAUGCGAUGGCCGUCGUCCAGAGAUACGGAAAGCCUGAUUACUUAAUCACUAUGACUUGCAACCCUUACUGGGAGGAGAUAACUUCCAGACUUGCACUCGGACAAACACCACAAGACCGUCCUGACCUGGUGGCCAGAGUAUACAGGGCCAAGAUGUGGAGUCUGAAAGAUCUUGAUAAAAAAGAAGUACUUUGGUCCGAUUGCGGCGUAUGCUCAUGUUACCGAGUUCCAAAAAAGGGGUCUGCCACAUGAGCACUUCCUGCUGAUCAUGGCCUCAGAUAGUAAGCUAACAAAUCCAGACGCCUAUGAUAGGGUAAUCUCGGUAGAGAUCCCUAGCUGUGAGAAGUACCCUGUGUUGCAUGGACUGGUUAUCAAGCAUAUGCUCCACGACCCAUGUGGUACUCUCCAGAAGAAUUGUCCUUGCAUGAUAGAUGGAAAUUGUCGUUUUCGUUACCUUCGACAGUUUUGCCCUGCAACACAACAAGGAAAGGACCCAUACCCUAUAUAUAGAAGAAGGGAUGAUGGCCGCCAAGUCAAAGUUAGGAAUGCAGUGUUGGACAACAGAUGGGUUGUCCCGUACAACCCCGGAUUGCUUAUGAGAUAUAAUUGUCACAUUAAUGUUGAAGCUUGCUCAAGCAUAAAGGCAGUCAAAUAUUUGUACAAGUACAUAUACAAGGGGCAUGAUCGUGCUUCCUUCUCAGUUGACCCGGCGGCAACUGAUGGUGGUGUGAUAAAUGAGAUUCGGCAAUACAGGGAUGCAAGGUUUGUAACACCAGUAGAGUCUAUGUACAGGGUAUGUGCUUUCCGUAUGUUUGGUGUCUCUCCUGCUGUGUUGCAACUACAGCUGCAUUUGCCCAGCAUGCAUACUGUUGCAAUCAGCGGUGCUGAUAACCUAGAGGAUGUCAUGAACCGACCGUCCUCUUCUUAAACCAUGCUCACAGAAUACUUUAGGAUGAAUGAGGUGGACCCUUAUGCAUGAAACUUCUUGUAUAAAGAGUUCCUAGAAUUCUUUCGAUGGAUUAAGGGUAAGAAAAAGUGGCAGAAAAGAAGCCAGAGGGGCCGGGGACAAGUUGGAAGGAUUGUUUAUGCACACCCUGCUGAUGGUGAGAGGUACUUCCUGAGAGUGCUUCUGAAUCAUAGAAGAGGUGCCACUUCAUAUGAGGAUUUGAGAACUGUAAAUGGAAGGCUUUGCUCGACCUUCAGGGAAGCGUGUGAGCUCAUGGGCCUAAUAGAGACUGACAAAUCUCUUGACGAUUGCUUGACUGAGUCUGCUACUUUCCAGAUGCCCUAUGCUCUAAGAAGGCUUUUUGCAACUAUUCUUGUAUUCUGCGAGGCGACCAACAUCCGUGCAUUGUGGGAGAAGCAUCUAGAGUCAAUGUCUGAGGAUUACCGUCGUACCCAGUCCAACCAGGCUGUGCUGGAACAGAUGGUCCUUAGAGACAUCCGGGAUUUGGUGCAUUCAAUGGGCAAAGAUAUUAAAAGCUAUGGCCUCCCGGAGCUGGUUGAGACCGGUGAUGGUUCCGGCGACCUCCUAAGGGAGGUUCGAGAGGAGUUGUCAGUCGGUGUGGAUCAAGAGCAUCUAGAUCUGUAUACAUCCCUGAACAUUGAGCAGAGAGCUGGGUUUGAGGAAAUCUUGGAUCACGUGGUGAACAACAGGAAACAUGUUUUGUUUGUUGAUGGUCCUGGUGGCACGGGGAAGACUUAUCUCUACAAGGCGCUUCUUGCUAAAGUGCGUUCAUUGGGGAAAAUAGCUAUUGCAACUGCGACAUCCGGAAUAGCCACAUCAAUCAUGCCAGGUGGACGUACCACCCACUCCAGGUUCAAAAUUCCGAUCAAGCUCAUGGAUAAUAGCACCUGCAGCUUCACCAAGCAGAGUGGUACUGUAGAGUUGCUUCGGAGAGCAUCUCUGAUUAUCUGGGAUGAGGUUGCCAUGACGAAGCGUCAAGCAGUUGAGGCGUUGGAUAGGUCACUACAGGAUAUCAUGGGAUGUGUUAUGCCAUUUGGGGGAAAGGUUGUGGUGUUUGGAGGGGAUUUUAGGCAGGUCCUUCCCGUGGUCCCGCGUGGGAUAAGAGCACAGAUCACUGAUGGCACGCUGCAAAGAUCAUAUCUAUGAGAGAAAAUUAGACAAAUACGCCUCAAGCGUAAUAUGAGAGCACAGAUUGACCCGUGGUUCUCCAAAUACCUCUUGAGAAUUGGCAAUGGAACAGAGGAGACGAUCGGUGAUGAUUAUGUGCAUCUUCCUGAUGAAAUUGUGAUAGGUUACACACCUGGUGACGCACCAGUCAUGAAGCUUAUUGAACACGUGUUCCCGUCUCUUCAUGAGAACGCAUCAUCCGGUGCCUACAUGAGCACACGUGUUAUUCUUUCUACCAAGAAUGAGCACGUGGACGACCUAAAUGCAAAGACGAUUGACAGAUUUCCCGGCCAAGAAAAGGUAUACUAUAGCUUUGAUUCCAUCGAUGAUGAUACACGCAAUAACUACCCAAUUGACUAUCUGAACAACCUCACUCUGAAUGGCUUGCCUCCCCAUAUUUUAAAAGUUAAAGUCAAUUGUCGUGUCAUUCUGCUCCAAAAUCUUGAUCCUAAUAAUGGACUUUGCAAUGGAACGAGAUUGAUGAUUAGAGCUUUCCAAAAUAACGCAAUCGACGCCAAGAUUGUUGGUGGACAACAUGCUAGAAAGAGAGUGUUCAUCCCUAGGAUCUCGAUGGCACCCUCGGAGGAUAUUUCACUUCCUUUCAAGUUGAAGAGGAAGCAAUUCCCUAUUCGUCUGAGUUUUGCAAUAACCAUAAACAAAGCCCAGGGGCAAACCAUCCCAACUGUUGGCAUUUACCUUCCGGAGCCUGUAUUCUCGCACGGCCAGCUUUAUGUUGCACUGCCAAGGGGUGUUUCAAGGCAGACAACUCGGGUUCUGGCAAAGCCAAAUAAAGAAAUAGAUCAAACGGGUAAAAGCACCAAGAACAUUGUGUACAGAGAUGUCUUGGAGGGAUAACACAUGUAUGCUCUCCAUGUACCAAGACAUUUGUGUGGAUUGUUUGUUCGAUUCCAAUAGCCAAUAUUGCAUCGUUGUCUGGGUUUGUUCGUUGCCCAAUUUGGCAGAUUUGGGCCAGAACUCUCAGAUACAAAAGAGUAAUAACAUUGAUCUAAAUAAAACAAGACUGCAGUUGUGCUACCAUAAGAAGGGACUAGAGUAUCUUGAUUACGAAUAUUCUUGUCCGGAUACAAAAGAAUAUGUUGGUAUUGUGCCUGAUUUUGUUAUUUUGCAGUUGAACUAAAAAAUAAUAUAGUUGUUAAAUGUUUAUUCAGUUGAGGGAUGCCAAUAUAAUACCAGUUUGUUUUUUCUAUUUAAGGUCUUUAUAUAAAUUUUCUUCAUACUAUGCUUGAAACAGUACUGGUUUGAGUAGAUUUUUUCCCAGCUAUUAAUGAUAAUUAGGUCCAACUUUUUCUUUCAUUUGGAGUACCAUAAGAAGGGACUAGAGUAUCUUGAUUAUGAAUAUUCUUGCCCAGAUACAAAAGAGUAUGUUGGUAUUGUGCCUGAUUCUGUUAUUUUGCAGUUGAACUGAAAAAUAAUAUAUAGUUGUUAAAUGUUUAUUCAGUUGAGAGAUGCCAAUAUAACACCAGUUUGUUUUUUCUAAUUAAGGUCUUUAUAUAAAUUUUCUUCAUACUAUGCUUGAAACAGUACUGGUUUCAGUAGAUUUUUUUCCAGCUAUUAAUGAUAAUUAGGUCCAACUUUUUCUUUCAUUUGGAGCAGGUUCACGUCCGCCUUAUUAUUGCCUCACAUACUGAUACAAAUCUAGGAGAUUGGUCUUUUCUGGACACCUGCUGCGACACUAAGAACUGGAGUUAAAGAAGCAAACUACUGAGCUUGAUUUCUCCUGUGACCAUUGCAAAGAGUGCUGAUUCUAUAUCUCGAGCAUUGGUGACAAAGGCAUAUUUUCUUUAAAGGUGCCUCUGUUUCAUAUCACCCAAGCUGGAAAAUAUGAGGAUCUUCUCCAAGCGGGACCUGAGCUCAAUGCACCAAGAACAACAUCAAUUGAAGCAACACUUCCUGUAUAUAUAUAAUGUAUUGUGAGCCUUGGAUCGUGUGAGGCUAAUGUAUUGUGAGCCUUUUACUUUGAACUGUGUGAUAAUGACGUGUCAGAGUUAUGGAUUGUGGAGACCAAAUUUAUGUGACAAUUCUGUAAUGUGAGCCUCGAAUUUCUUUUCCAGCCCCAUUUUUUUGUGAAAUAAUGAUGUGUUAGAGUUCACAAAUAUUAAAAUUUUUUCUUUGUAAGCUCAACACUAAUGUACUUAUGAAUGUAUGAAAGUCUCAGACAUUUACUCA